GCCGUAGAACCAUGAGCUUCGUCAUUGGAAAAGAUAAGCUGCAAUCAGCGAGCAUGGAGAUGAAGCAGCAGGUGGUGCUGCGGCUGCUGGAUCAUAUCCUGCAGCCGUCGGUGUUCGAGGACGUCAGGAGCGUCGCCAACACCUGGAGGCUGGAGCAGAACCAGCAGGCCUUCUUGAAACCAGACGUAGUGGAUGCUUUCCUGGAAGUUUACCAAUCCGGCAUGCUGCCGCGCGCUGAGGUCUUCGUAGAAUCCAACUCCAAACACCUCCAAGAAGCCAUCAAAGUCUUCCAUCUCUUCUACUACGCCAAAGACUGGGACGAGUUUCUCAACGUUGCUUGCUGGCUCCGCGAACGCAUCAACCCUGGAAUGUUCGUCUAUGCCCUCACAGCUUCCAUGUUCCACCAUCCCGACGGCCGUGGGAUCUUACUUCCGGCCCCCUACGAGAUCUACCCCUACUUCUUCGUAAAUUCAGACGUAAUCAACAAAGCCUUCACACUGAAGAUGACGAAUGCUCAAAUCGAAACUGCCUUCGCUGAUUACUGGAAAAUUAAAACCGAAAAGAAUGUCGUCUCUAUCGAUUCGCGUACUACUCUUCGUUAUACGCUGUCUGUAGAUGACGUCCUGAGUUAUUUCACGGAGGACAUCGAUUUGAACACCUAUAUGUUCUACUUGCAUAUGCUUUACCCUUAUUGGCUCACUGGUGAGGGUUACGGCGUUGAAAAGGAGCGAAGAGGCGAAGUGGUUAUGUAUACGUGUCAGCAGCUACUAGCUCGCAUGAGGCUCGAACGACUCUCGCACGGUAUGAGGGAUAUUCAGCCCAUCAGCUGGGAUGAAACUCUGAAGACCGGUUACUGGCCUAAGAUCCGCCUGCACACUGGAGAUGAGAUGCCCGCUCGUUCGAAUGACACUAAGAUCGUCCACGAAUUUACUGUGAAGACAAAGGAGGCUGUCGAGGACUUUGAGAAGCUACUGCGCUUAGCUGUCAUCAAAGGACAAUACGAACUGCGUGAUGGUACGGUCGUACCAUUGAGGAAACCUCAAGAUGUUGAAAACCUCGGCCGAUUGUUGUGGACGCUGCAAAACCCGGGCGGCGCUUACUUCACCAACUUGUCCAAAAACCUGCUAACCUAUGCUACAUACAACACUAACAAGCACACCUACGUCCCAACAGCCACGGAUAUGUACUCGACUUCCCUGCGUGAUCCUGCUUUCUGGAGAGUCCUGAAACGCAAGCUUGAAGUCUUCCAGCUCUUUAAAAAGCAGUUGCAGAAAUACACGCGCGAAGAGUUAAACUUCCCUGGAGUGAAGGUCGAAGGUGUAUCCACUACGGAGCUGGUCACCUUUAUAGAUACGUACGACAUGGACAUCACUAACGCAGUGUACUUAAACGAGACUGAAGUUCGUAACAAGAAGUCCGAUUUCUUAUUUGUCGCGCGGCAGAGGCGGUUAAACAACCACCCAUUCAAGGUCACCAUCGCCGUGUCUUCUGUUAAACCUGUGGACGCUGUUGUCAGGGUCUUCCUUGGUCCUAAAUACGACGUCUUGGGCCGCAUUACUGACGUCAAUGAUAAGCGCAUGGACAUGAUAGAGAUCGACACCUUCCUAUACAAGCUGAAGUCUGGAAAGAACUCAAUUGUACGCAAUUCCACUGAGUUCCAGGGUGUGAUUGAGGAUAGGCCUUGGACGCGUCCUAUGUGGGAUGCUUCCGUGAAGGGCGCUGGUAAGAUUGACGAGAACUGGUGGUGGAAGGCUCGCACCGGCUUUCCUCGUCGCCUUCUCCUGCCUUUGGGUACCACUGGCGGUAUGGAGCUCCAGCUAUUCGUGGUUGUUACACCAGUUCACACCGGUUACAACUUGCCCAUAGUGGACAUGCACGUCAUGAACGAGCGUCGGUCAGGUCGCUGGAGCACCGGCUUCGAUGAGAUGCCGCUCGGCUUCCCGUUCGACCGCGUCAUCGACACUACCCAAUUCUUCACUGACAACAUGAAGUUCGUCGAUGUUCUGGUAUACCACAAGGAGGUGGAGUUGCCUAAGGAUUGGGAAACGACCGCCGAGCGCCGUGAUGACCUGUCUGUGUUAGACAAGGAUCUGCUUGUGUAAAUGUGCAUUCAUAUUUGAUA